CCUAUAUGAAUAGAGUGACUGUGAGCAGGACACAUUCAGGGAACAUUCAGCAGUAGUGCCUGCACUGCUCAGCUGCACUCUCACAACAGAUCUGGGGCAAGAGGGCAGCAGGCCAUGCAUAAACACACAAAGUGACCAGAGGAGAUAAUGGUGCCCAGCUUCUCUUAGGGAACCGAAGAGCUGUGCUGUAGCUGUCCAUGUUCUCGCUGCCAGACAGGCUCUGUCUUUGCUAACAGAGAGCACUGUGGACUUGCCUUUGCUAUUAUAGUAAGGUCCAAGUUUUUUCUUUUUUCCAGUCAUCUCAACUCUUUUUUCCCAAUCAUGGGGUGCUCUUCAUCUAGUGCACAGACUGUUGACCAAGAGAAAAGACCAGGUACAAAGCCUGAGGAGAGCAAUGGAGAUACACUUGCGGUCAGAAAUGGGUUCAUCGCAGAAGAUGCACAAACCAUCGAAGACCAGAUGCAGUUGCCUGUGCAGACUGCCUUACCAGAAGAUCUUCAGCCGGGAGCCGAUGACGAGGCGGAGGCUGUGUUGAUAGCCUUGGAGGCCCAAGAGGAUCUCGGUUCUGGGGAGGACCUUCUGGCUGUUCCUGAGCCACAGCCAGAACUUGUCGUCCCUGCAGAGCCAGCUCCAGAGUCUGCUGCUCCAGCUGAACCCGCCACUGAACCUGAGGCCGCUGUAGUGGUGGUGGAGGCAAUAUCCCCUGUGGAGGAAGCUGCCCCCGUAGAAACUGUUGUGGCUGAGGCUGCACCCGAGGUCAAAGCCAUUGUUGAGGCUACAGAGGAGGCCCCUCCUGCUGAAUCUGCUGUAGCAUUGCAGGCAGAGGCCCCUGCUGUUGUUGAGGAGGUGAUGGCUGCGCCAGCAGAGGCUUCUCCUGAAGUCGCCCCUACUGUUGAACCUGUUAUAUCUGAGCCAGCAGAGGCCCCAGUGGUUGUGGAGGAGGCCCCAGCUGUAGUGGCUGAAGCCCCUGCUGAAGUGGCUUCUGUAGAGGCUCCAACUGACAAUGCUGCACCAGUUACCACCUCAGCAGCAACAUGUGAAACCUCAGCACCAGCACCAGCACCAAGCGAGGCUGCUGCACCAGCUGAAACAGCUGCACCAGUUGAAGCUGCUGCACCGGUUGAGGCUGCUGAAACAGCUGCACCAGUCGAGGCUGCUGCACCAGUUGAAGCAGCUGCACCAGUCGAGGCUGCCGCACCAGCUGAAACAGCUGCACCAGCUGAAACAGCUGCAACAGCUGAAACAGCUGCACCAGUCGAAGCAGCUGCACCAGUUGAGGCUGCUGCACCAGCUGAAGCUGAAGCACCAGUUGAGGCUGCUGCACCAGCUGAAGCUGAAGCACCAGUUGAAGCUGCUGCACCAGCUGAAGCUGAAGCACCAGCUGAAGCUGCUGCACCAGCUGAAGGUGUAGUGCUAGAGGCGGCUCCAACACCAAGCGAGGCUUCAGUAGCAGCUGCGCCCGGAGAGGCAGUAGAUACUAUAAUAAUCCCAGAGAUUGCUGUAGCAACUAUUCCAGAGAUGCCUCCAUUAUCUCCAGCCACAGUAGAGCCCCCCACUGAGCCAACAGUACCUCCAGGUACAGCAGAACCUGCUGCUGCUGCUGAGCUGGUCCAGGUUGCAGAGGUUCCAGCAGCCACACCUGCUGUUUCAGAAGCCGCCCCAGAAGCUCCGGCAGCAACUGCAGCUGACUCUGCAGCACCAUCAGCACCUGCAGUGGUGUCUGCAACCGAGGCCUCUCAGGAUACAGAGAGCGAGAAAGCCAAAAAGGAGGACUGAGUUGAGAGAAGUGGUUCAACCAAAAUAACCAAAAUCCCAAAGCUACCAUUGGAAGAAAAGUGGAAGAAACACGAGACAAAGUGACAAACACUGCGUUUUCAGUACUGUCUGACCAAACUGUACACCAGAUCAUUAACAUGCAUGGUGCCUUAAUAACAUGCGGUUGAAGAAAAGAUCAGGAAUUUUCCUACAUUUGUAAAUAUAAACCAAGUUUUGUACUGAGACCAUACGUGCCUGGCGCCACAUACUCUACAUACAGGCCUAUGCAAAGGAAUUCUUCAAAAACACUUACUUGGAUGGGUUGGAUGAGACGAGAGGGUGCAAUAUCCUGUGAAAUCUGUGCGAGCGUGAUGGACCAGGGAAGGAUGAUGUUUUAAAAUAGCUGCUUCUGAGGAAUAUAAGCCAAAACACGACUGUGAAUAAACAUUAUGCCAAGCGCUCAAGGUGACGAAAAAAACACAACACUGGGUUGUUGAGCAACACCCUGGCGAGUUUACAAUGCCGGCUUACAUUUCUAUCACUUCUGCGAAAUUGAUUUUAAAAGGAUCACACUUAAAUUCAGCCAUGAAUCCACACUGUCGUUUGGUGUUUACACAUUCUUUAAUUACAGCCUUUCUAAUAAGGUUCAUCUGAUUAAUAGGAAUGACAGUACUAAGUCUUGAGUAACAGAGUGUCCAGUGUAAUACUGAUAAGCACUACUGUAAGUCAAAUCCAUGUUUCCUUCAACAGUUUCCAAUAGAGAAAUCAUGAAUAAAAUGUGUGUUUUUUUUUUUGUGUACGUUAGAAAAAGGCAUGCAGGUGGCAUACAAAAGGUUAGUAAAGACACAAUGAAUCAAUUCCAGGUUGAGGAUGCAGUUCCAUGAAGCCAUUCUGUGCGGCUGUACUUUAGCUGGCAAAUGUUCAUGAAAUUCUCUCCUUCAAAAUAAAGGCAUUUCCAACUUAAAGGCAA